UUUUUUAUUUUCUCGAAAGUGAAUCGUUCCAUCACCAACAAAAUCACCCAGGCUUUACGAAACCAUAACUCACCGCUUCCCACGUUUCUUCAUUGCCUCAUUCCUCUUUUCCUUACAAUCUCCUCGAUGCCGCAGCAGGAUGCCACUGAUACAACCACCCUCAGCUAUUGGUUAAAUUGGAGGUUCUUUUGUUGUGCAUUUUCUGUCUUGCUGCCUACGGUCCUUGCAUUUCAUGUAAUAUGGAAGGAUAUACGUUCGAGGAAAUUCACAUCUGGCAAAGGAGAACAUCAUCGAGAGGGAGCUUUGUAUGGCGAUGAAGCAUGGAAACCAUGCCUUAAAGAAAUUCACCCUGUUUUUUUGCUAGUGUUUCGUAUUAUUGCAUUCUCUUCUCUUUUGGCAUCGCUAGUUUCCAAAUUUUGUGUUAACGGUGGCUCCAUAUUUUUUUAUUACACUCAGUGGACCUUCGCUUUGGUUACAAUUUACUUUGGGUGUGCAUCUGUGCUAUCAGUUUAUGGGUGUUAUCAGCACAACAGAUCAAGCACCACCUCUAACGUAGGUACUGCUAGACUAGAUGCAGAGCAAGGGCCAUACAUGCCUCUCUUGCACCAGGAUACUACAAAUCGGUCUAGAAUCGAUCACCUUGCUAAUCCCCAUGCUGAAAUGCAAAAUAAUCAUAUUACACCCGUCUGGAGUUAUAUUUUUCAAAUUUUAUUCCAGAUGAAUGCAGGGGCGGUGAUGCUUACAGAUUGUGUUUAUUGGAUCAUUAUAUUUCCAUUCCUUACUCUGAAGGAUUACGAUUUUACCUUUAUGACAGUGAACAUGCAUACACUAAAUGUUUUUUUCCUCCUUGGAGACGCAGCUCUAAAUUGUCUGCCAGUACAAUGGUUCGGAAUGUCUUUCUUCGUGUUAUGGACAAGUAUAUAUGUCAUUUUCCAGUGGACUAUUCAUGCCUUUUUCUGGAUUUGGUGGCCAUACCCCUUCCUUACUUUGGAAUCACCCUAUUCUCCAUUGUGGUACUUGUUGAUUGCGUUGCUACAUAUUCCAUGUUAUGCCAUGUUUAAGCUGAUUGUAGAUACCAAACAUUAUUUCUUGUCGAAAUGGUUCCCUUCCUCCACUCAGUUCUAAAGAUUGAGUGGUAUCAGACUUGGUCCCCCUAAAGAGCCAGAAUAUGGCUCUCCCAGCUGCACUGUGGAUGGUUGAGGUUUGUUACUUGCUCAUGGCUCAAACAAAUUAGUCAUAUUCAGUCAACAUGGUAAAGUGAAACUUCCAAAACCAACUUUAAUUUUGCUACCAUACAACUGCUUUUGAGAGCAAAGUAGAAUCAGGAUUUAUGUAGGAACUAGGAAUCAUGUUUACUGUGUGAUUAUCGAUGUACCAGUGUGUCACUCAUCAACUCAUGGUCCGCAGAUAGAUUUGUGUUCAAUAUCACAAUAGUCCGCAGAAAUGGUAUAUGCCCACUUUUGCUAAAGUAACUAUACAACAUCGUUUGUAUUGUUUUUUGCUUAAUUACUCAUUUAAUAUUUGUAGUUGUAUA